CUUUUAAAAUCACAACAACCCUUAGAUGUGAUUAGUUUUAAACAGGAUUAUCACCCGCUAUGAACAAACGGAUGUCAAGUAUAAAACAGUCGAUUGGUUGACUUUAAAGUGAUAACAACUUGGGAAAACCAAAACACGGAUAAAUUUUUCGAAAUAAAAUUACAAACGAAUAGAGAACUCGCCGUAAAUUUUUUAUUACAAUAAAAAGAAAAUGUUUGAAAAUUACAAAACAAACUAAAUAAAAAUUUUAUAAAAAUUUUGAAAGAAUUACUGAGAAAUAUGUAAAAAUUAUUACAAAACUUAAAAAACAAAUAUAACAAAAAUUAGUGAAUUCUAAUAGAAUUUUAAAUAAAAAAAUAUUUUAAAAAGUGUCGAAAAAAAAAUUUUUUCAAAAAAAAGCAGUGAUCUCCGCUAAUUAAAAAAUAGAUAAAGAUAAACUAAUAUUUGCUUUUUAAAAAAUCCUUUAGUUUAAAAUCUAAUUUACAAAAAUGGUGAUGUUACAAUCACCUAACAAAACCACGGAUAACAACUCGCCCUCUUUAAAAGGCUCCCAAAUGAGUCCCAACUCUAACCCGGAUUCGCCCAAAUCAAAUACUUCUCCAGAAGUUAAUAAAUCGAAUGCUAAUGAAAAUAAUAACUCUGCCAACACUGACAUACACUCGCCAACGGCUAAAAUACCAAAAUUUAUUAUAACUCCACAAAAUAAUCAAAAUCUAACAAAUAAUAACAUCAACUCAAACAAUAAUAAUGUGGCUCUUAAAGCGAAUGAUGAGGGCUUAAGGUAUUCUAUGGAACGCCUUAAACAAUUAACGGAACAACAUCAACAAAGACUUUCACCAAAUGCUGAAGAAAUGGAAAAUGAUUCACAGAAAAAUAGUAAUAGAAGAUCACAAACACCACCACAAUUACAACAACGCAAGCUAAUGGAAUUACCGCCAGUAAGGCAUUUAGCUAGACCGGAACCAUUGCAACAUCCACACGCGGCUUUGUUGCAACAACAUCCUCACCUUUUGCAAAAUCCACAAUUUUUGGCGGCAGCUGCUCAGGCUCAGCAGCAACAUCAUCAGCAACAACAACAACAACAAAAUCUACACCAUCAUCAUCAUCAACAUCCAGCAUUUCAUCAACAUUUACCCACGGCUGCAGCAGCGGCAGCAGCAUUUCAUUUAAGAGGUCCCCUAAGUACGGCGGCCACCACAACUUUAACACUACCCUCACCAGCCAACUCCCCACUGUCGCCACCAACAUCACCUAAUCACAACAUGCCACAACAGCACCAGCAAACAACACAUUCCGAACUACAGCAACCGCAUCUCUUAACACCAGCCCCAACAACAAAUCCCUCAAUACAACUGUCAACAAAUUCCUUACAACCCUCAUCAUCGUCCAGCUCAACCCUAUUGCUGAACACACAUCCAACUGCUGCUCCCACACAUCUAAUCAAUGGUCAAAUAUCAAUACCUCCACCCCUAACAGCCACACAUCUAACUCUAAGCCCUUCCUCUUCAUCGACCACAAUUUCAUCGACAUCCUCCGCAACACAACACGAUAUGGAUUUGGAAAAAUUAAAAUUGGUUGCUCAAGCCCAAGCGGUCGUUGCUCGGUCUUCGGCUGCCGCUGUGGCAGGGGUAACGUUAAAUGGUCAGGCUCCACCUCGUCCAGAUUUAAGUGAUUAUGGAUUUAGAAUACAAUUGGGUGGUUUGGCAGCAGCUGCUGCAGCGGCUGCGGCCACUUCAAGACAAAUUGCCGCCGCUAAUUAUGCACGCAGUGAUACCAGCGAAGAGCUUAAUGUGGAUGGCAACGAUGAGGAGAGUAAUGAUGGAUCUCAUGGUACACCGUCGGUUUGUCCCGUUGAUUUAACCCGUUCUGUGCCCAAUUCCAAUGUAACAUCAACCACCACAUCACCAACUUCAACCACUUCCUCGACCACAACAACCAGUGAUAAAGAAACCACCAAACGUUUGGCAUUCUCUGUGGAAAAUAUAUUAGAUCCUAAUAAGUUUACAGGAAAAAAUCUGCAACAACAUUACAACAAUCAAAGAUGGAGUUGUAGUGGCAGCAGUAACUAUGAUCGAGAUGAGGAAAUGCACGAUGAUGAGCACAGUGAAGAUAUGUCGGCCCAUGACCUUAAUGACAUGGAUCAGGAUGACAUGUGUGAUGAUGGCAUGAGUGAUAUUGAUGAUCAUGCUAGCGAAACUGAUUCGAAAAAGGGUGGCAGUCGCAAUGGUGAUGGUAAAUCACAAAGUGGUAGUGGUGGCUCUAAACCAAGAAGAGCCCGCACUGCAUUUACUUAUGAACAGCUGGUGUCUUUGGAGAAUAAAUUUAAGACCACACGUUAUUUAAGUGUAUGUGAGAGACUGAACUUGGCUAUUAGUUUGUCAUUGACAGAGACUCAGGUUAAAAUUUGGUUUCAAAAUCGUCGCACCAAAUGGAAGAAACAAAAUCCUGGUAUGGAUGUCAACAGUCCCACUAUACCACCACCACCCUCAGGCGGUUCAUUUGGACCGGGGGCAUAUGCCAGUAGCCUACUCUAUUCGCAUACUAUGCCCUAUCCACCCUAUGGUCCUUAUUUUCAUCCCUUGGGUGCAGCACAUCAUCUAAGUCAUUCGCAUUCAUAAAAUUGUAAGAUGCAACAGAAAUUGUUGCAAAUAAUGGAAAUGCGUAAAUAUCGUACGCAAACCAAAGAAUAAAUACAAAAAAAAAUGUGAUGAAACCAAAAACUUAAUUAAUAAAAAUGUAAUAUAAAACUUAAUGCUCAAUUUUGAAAACAAGGGCCAGUGCAAUCUCAAAUUACUUUUCUAUGUUUUGUGUAAAAAGAAAACCUUCUUAUAAAAUUAAGCUUGUACAGUUUAUGUUCUAUUAACAUGGUCAAUUAUUCUUAAACCAACUUAACAACUGGCUUUUAAUUUAUAUUUUUAAUUUUGUAUGUUUGUAAAUAUGCUUGCCAUUUGUUAUAUAAAUUAUGGGAAAUUAAAUAAACAAUAACUAAUUUUAAUUAAUGCUUAAGAUAUUACUAUAAAUAUAUAUAAUUAAUAUUAAAAUAAUUUUAAUUAUAUAAAAACAUAAAUUAAUAAAUUGUAUAUGU